AUGAAUUUGAAUGAGAAUUCACAACUUACAAAAUUCUGGAACAUCGAAGAGGCAGAAAAUUCCGAGGAAACAACAAACGACAAUACAUUCAUCGAAGAAUUUUACUCUAACAUCGUUCGACGGGACGAGCACGGUUAUACUGUGAAACUUCCAUUCAAGAAAAGUACAACUCAGCUAGGAGAAUCAAAGCAGAGGACACUGGCACGACUAUUUCAAUUGGAAAACAAGCUGGAUAAAUACGAAAAACUCAGAACUAUGUAUAAAGAAUUCAUGCAGGAAUACAUUGCGCUAGGUUAUAUGAAAAUUGCUAGCUCAAAUAAUUCAGCGAAGAGGUAUUAUAUUCCACAUCAACCUGUAUUGAAAGAAGAACGUGAUACGACAAAGAUAAGAGUCGUAUUCGAUGCAAGCGCAAAGACAAGUACCGGACUCAGCCUAAACGACAUUCUUCACACAGGACCUAAACUACAGCAGGAUCUCAUAGAUAUUCUGAUGAGAUGGCGAAAACACAAAAUAGCCAUAACAGCUGACAUCGAGAAAAUGUAUAGGCAGGUGAAAUUGGACAGAGAAAACCAACCAUUACACUCUAUACUCUGGAGGAACACCAAAGAUGAGCCAAUUCAAAACUACGAAUUAACCACUGUAACCUACGGUACAGCACCAGCAGCUUACCUGGCCAUAAGAACAAUGAGACUAGCUAUAGAUGAAAAGAAAAACCACCCACUUGCGGCUGAAAUAGUGCAACGGGAUUUCUACGUGUACGAUCUUCUGAGUGGCGCAGACACUAUUGAAGAAGCACGACACAUACAAAAGGAAGUAACUGACCUACUCAAAAAGGGAGGAUUCAAUAUAAGAAAGUGGAAAUAUAACGUACUGACCGAAAACAAAUCCACCGUCACGCUGGAUGACAAAAAUGGACCAACCAAGACGCUCGGUGUAACAUGGACUCCCAGAGAAGAUAAUAUUCAGUACCUGAUAAAACGAAACUCCGAACAUCGGUUAAAAAAAGCAAGAUCUUAUCAGAAAUCGCCACAAUCUUCGAUCCUCUUGGAUUAUUAUCUCCAGUCAUUAUACAGGCGAAACUGA